UUUCAAGUGUCAGUGGCUUGAAUGGCAGGAAACACUGAGGGUUCACAGCUCUACAUGAAACCAGCAGGAGUCACAGACCUAUGCAAGAGGCACCUUAGGCCUCAAAGGGACAUGAACAACCUGGACGAAGGGGUCGAGUUCCUCCCUGCCAUGAACUCCAAGAAGGUGGAGAAGCAUGGGCCAAAGCGAUGGGUAGUCAUCACCAUCAUGCUUGUUGUUUUCCUACUUGUCUCUCUUGUCACUGGCCUCCUGGUUUGGCACUUCAAAUUCAGGAACGUGGCCAUCCGGAAGGUUUUCAAUGGCCACUUGCGGGUUCUGAACUGGGACUUCCUCGACGCUUACGAGAACUCCAGCACCCCAGAGUUCGCCAUGCUUGCCAAGAAGGUGAAGAGCACGGUGGAGGAGAUCUACAAGAGUCAUGCAGAUAUUGGUCCUUACCACAAGGAGACAGUAAUAACUGCGUUCAGCGAAGGCAGUGUCAUUGCCUACUACUGGUCAGAGUUCUUUGUCCCCAAGUACCGGGAGAAGGAUCUCGACAAGGCCAUGGCUGACAAGCAGAACUUGAUCCAGAGGCUGAACCCCCGGCUGCGAAACCCUGUGUUGAAGGUGGAGUCGAUCGUCGCUUUCCCUGUUGACCCCAGCAUAGCUCGUUCUGCACGAGACAAUAGCUGCGUUUUUGCCCUCCAUGCCAAGGAAGGGGAAAUUACCAGUUUCACCACACCAGGGUUCCCUAACAGCCCGUAUCCCAACAAUGCUCUCUGCUACUGGACACUGAGAGCUGAUGCCGGCUCCAUCAUCAGCCUGACCUUCAAGACUCUGGAACUGGAGCAGUGCACAGACGGGAGUGACUAUAUCAAGGUGUAUAACUCUCUAAGCCUUGUGGAGCAUGAUGCUGUGGUGAGGCUCUGUGGGAAUUACGCCCCUUCCUACAACCUGACUUUCCUGUCCUCCCAGAACGUCAUGCUUGUCACACUGGUUACCAACAAGGAGGGGAGAUUCCCUGGCUUUAAGGCUGAGUUCUUCCAGCUCCCAAAGAUGACAGUCUGCGGUGGGACACUGAAAGGAGAGAGUGGCACCUUUACCACGCCCUAUUACCCAGCACACUACCCACCGACCACGGACUGUGUCUGGAACAUAGAGGUCCCCUCGAAGAAGAAUGUGAAGGUGCGCUUCAACAUGUUCUUUGUGCUGGAGCCCGGGAUCCCUGUCAGCUCCUGCACCAAGGACUACGUGGAGGUCAACAGCACGAGGUACUGUGGGGAGCGCUCCCAGUUUGUGGUGACCAGUACGACCAGUAAAAUACAGGUCCGGUUCCACUCGGACUCAUCCUACACGGACACUGGCUUCUCUGCUGAGUACCUGUCCUAUGACUCCAGCGAUCCCUGCCCUGGCAAGUUUACCUGCAGCACUGGCCGCUGCAUCGACAAAACCAUGCGCUGCGACGGGUGGCUGGACUGCGUAGAUGGCAGCGAUGAGAGAGCCUGCACCUGUACCGACCAGCAGUUCAAGUGCCAGAAUGGCUGGUGCAAGCCAAAGUUCUGGGUCUGUGAUAAUGUGAACGACUGCGGCGACAACAGCGAUGAGCUGCAGUGCAGUUGCUCAGAUGACAGCUUCAAGUGUGACAGUGGGAAAUGCAUCCCCAGCACACAGAAGUGUGACGGCAAGGAUGACUGCGGAGACGGGAGCGAUGAGGGCACCUGCCACAGGGCCCCCGCGACAGUCUCCUGCAAGGAAUACACGUACAAAUGCCGCAGCGGGUACUGCAUCAGCAAGCAGAACCCCGAGUGUGACGGGGAGAAGGACUGUGAAGACAAUUCUGAUGAGGACAACUGCAGCUGCGGGAUCCGCUCCUACACGAAGAAGUCACGGAUCGUCGGUGGGCAGAACUCGGACGUGGGCGAAUGGCCGUGGCAGGUCAGCCUCCACGUCAAGGGCCAGGGCCACGUCUGCGGGGCCUCGCUGAUCUCGGCGCACUGGCUGGUGUCCGCGGCGCAUUGCUUCGGGUACCUGCAGGGCAUCAGUUACUCGGACCCGAAGCUCUGGACGGCCUACCUGGGACUGACCGACCAACGCAACCGCAACAGCGCCAACGUGCAAGCACGAGCCAUCAAGCGCAUCAUCUCCCACCCCAAUUUCAAUGACUACACCUUUGACUAUGAUAUUGCUGUCAUGGAGCUGCGAGAGCCUGUUACCUUCUCCUCCGUUGUCAAACCCAUCUGCCUACCCGAUUCCACCCACAACUUCCCUGCUGGCAAGGACCUGUGGGUGACUGGAUGGGGAGCGACCGCAGAAGGAGGCAGCGGUGCCACCAUCCUGCAGAAAGCAGAAAUCCGGCUGAUCAACCAGACCGUGUGCAACGAGCUGCUGUCUGGCCAGCUGACGCCGCGCAUGAUGUGCGUUGGGAUCCUGACGGGCGGUGUGGACGCGUGCCAGGGAGACUCCGGAGGGCCGCUGGUCAGUGUAGAAGCCAGUAGUCGGAUGUUCCUGGCUGGCAUCGUGAGCUGGGGCGAUGGCUGUGCACAGCGACAGAAGCCUGGAGUCUACACCCGGCUCACGAAGCUGCGCCAGUGGCUCAAAGAGCAGACUGGCCUCUAGGGACACGCUCAUGUUCACAUGGACGCGUAAGUCUUGUACGCCGCUGGCUGGGGCUGCCCCAGCGGUGAAGAAGGGACACUGUACGGAGUGGAGCACUGAGAGCUGCCUCCACCGUGAACUUCAACCUUCCCUCUACCUCGCUGCAAGCACCUGGGCCUCCCAGCCACAGACUGCAAGUGUAGCUCUGUUCAUCACAGCAGCAAAAGGCUGGAGACAAGCACAGAGGACCUGCUCGUCUGUAUUUAACGUGUGGGUACCAGCAAGCCGAGCUGAUGUUUUGGUUUAGCCCCCAGCAAUCCCACUCUGAAACCCAGCCUCAGUUUAAGAAUUAAUGUCUGGACAGAAGAUGUUUCCUAUUGCGGGCAGGCUAGUGCAGCUCCCAGGAAGAGCUGUUCAUUCAAGAUACAUAAAUAGGAAAAAAAAAAAUUAAAAAAAAAACAAAGACUUUCUGUUUUUAGAAGCAAACUUUAUUGGGACAGGUCCAAAAACAGCUUUCAGAAUAUAUUCUAUCUCCUGCGUUUGUUUUCAAACUGCCAUCCGCACCCCUUUUUCUGGUCAUGAGUGAUGGGGGGGGGAAAU